AUCAUGCUUGGCGAGGGAACGUCAGCUACAUUGGCUGUUGACCAUAAUAUUUGUUCCAUUGUUGGGAAAGAUGUCGAUAAAAAUCGAAGAAUAAGACAAAUAAUAACAAAGCAGUAAUCCAACCUGGAUAAUUUGAAGAGUGAGUGAGGAAGAAUGCGGCUACUAUUCUACACGAACCAAAUACAAAUUUUCGGAAGAUGUAAUGGUUAAGUAGUGGGGAUAAUUACUUAUAUAUGGGGCUGAAAUUUUUGAAGAUAGCUAAGUAUACUUUGCCUCGCCGUUCUCAAGAAAGGAUACGUGUGUCUAGACCUACUGUGUGUGAGCUGUCUGACGAAAGAUUGCAUAAAAUAAAGAGUUUUUGUUGAAAAAAUACAUUUACAAUUUAAGAUGUGCCAAAAAAUAUCUAAUCAGUGGUUAGUUUACAGUUUUGUUAAAUAAUAUUAUCAUUACGAUUAAAGACAAUUUCGCCGAAUAAAGUUACGAGCCUAGAAAAAUAUUAUUCGAAAAGGAAUGAUGUCUCUGUUAUUUGCGCAAAUUAUCAUCUCAAUUUUUUUUACUCCUGGAAACGCCUUCUGGUGGAGCAAUUCUGCAUCAACAGAAUCAACACCGGUCCUGAAGCAAAUACCUGUGGGUUAUUUUCGAACUUACACAUAUCAACCGCUAACCUAUCCACCACGUUACUCACCGUUCCCUUCUGUUGCAACAAAUCAAUACCCAUAUGAUCAUUCAAACAUCGGAUGGGCUCAAUAUAAUGCCCCACAUCCUCCCAUAGUUCCCGUGAAACCACAACCUCUAACUACCCCGCCGACAACUACAACAUCAACUUCUACCUCUGCUCCACAGUAUCAACAAAAUGAAUCAUCAGCCGCACAAUCUGCUUCGAACUCCAAUAAUCAGCAACAAAACACUUAUUCUUCAUUGCCUAUAAUAGAAAUACAGCCAGGGAUCCAAGCUCCGCCUGCCAAAAUUCCUUCAUACCAUCAGAUAAGUCCUGAUCCUGAAUUAUCCAGUUACCAAUAUUUUCCAGGAACCGUAUCACAAUCGGUGCCCCAAGUUCAAUUUGUUCCUUGCAUGUGUCCCGUAACGAUAUCAGUUGGAGCACGAGACAUGUCAGAGAACCGGGCUAUAUCAGAUAAUGACGAUUAUUUGCAAAGAGAUGACAGUGAUGAUUCAACACUUCUUAAAGAUUGAAUAGAAACAUAUU